AUGUGCAUCCUCACCGCGACGCAAGGUGCUGCAGCGUUGGGCGAGCUUCCGAAUACGCCAUGUGAGGGCGACUCCAGCCAAUCCGCGCACUUCUGGUGGCCACGUGCUGUCCGCGGCCGAAGCGCUCUUGACACGGCAGAUACAGGGAGCGACGUUUUUGCGGCGAUGGAGACAGCAGCCGUGCCUCGGAAGCUCGGCGCGCAAUGGGCAGCGCCAUCCGCCGGCCCCACUUUUGCGGAAGUUCUCGCUGCGUCUGUCGCUACCCCUGGAAGCGCCGAUCCCGCAGGGGCAAUUACCGCCACGCCUCUUCCUGCUGCGCCUACUGGACCCGCCGCAGGAGCAGCCGAUCCCGCGUCCCUACCGGCACCCGCUAAGCCCUCGGGACCCGUUACAGAGUCCGCCCCUUUAACUCCGAAGCAGAGCGGCCCCACGCCGAAGCAGAGCGGCACAUCGAAGCAGAGCGGCCCCACUCCAAGGCAGAGCGGCCCCACACCGAAGCAGAGCGGCCCCACACCGAAGCAGAGCGGCCCCACGCCGAAGCAGAGUGACCCCACGCCGAAGCAGAGCGGCCCCACGCCGAAGCAGAGCGGUCCCUCGCCGAAGCAGAGUGGCCCCACGCCGAAGCAGAGCAGCCCCACGCCGAAGCAGAGCGGCCCCACGCCGAAGCAGAGCGGCCCCUUGCCUAAACCCGCUGCUCUUCCCUCCAAUCCCACAUCUUCACCCAAACCACUCGCGACCGUCCGAUCAACUGGUAGCUCGCCGCUGGUAACGACCAAGGCCGUCAACUCGACUGGUGCAACCGGUAAUACUACCGCGCCAGCAGGAAAUAGCACCGGGUCAGCCGGGAACUCUACCGACACUCCCGGUACGCCGGCAUAUGCCGUGGGAUCGCGCGACUGCCAGUACGGGCAACUCAAGCAGCUUCACUGGUGCGCCGUUGGAUUCGCGCGGUCUGCCGGGAUCCGCGGCGGCCAAUGGCCGACAUCGUCGUUGUACGAAGUUGAAACGGAAGAUGACACGGUGGUGAACGGAAGGCCCGUGGAGAAAUCGUUACGGUACGCGCUGAUGAACUUCCCCGAGGGAGUGAUCAUCACGUUUUCGCGAAGCAUGGAGAUCGUGCUACAGAGUAACCUGUUCGUGCGUUCGCGAGUGACGAUCGACGGGCGCGGCGUUCACGUGCGCAUCACCAAUGGCAGCAUCGUCCUCCAAAACGUGAAUGACGUCAUCAUUCACAACAUCGAAGUGUCGGGUAACCCGCGCGGCGAUUUGAUACCCAUCUACAACAGCAGCCGCGUGUGGAUCGACCACUGCCGCCUGCAGGACGCGCUCACGGGCACGGUCGACGUGGCAAGGGGCUCCACUGACGUCACCAUCUCGAACUGCUACAUCAGCAGCCGCGGCCAGACGAUGCAGCUUGGCUUGUCGGACACGGAGGAAGCGGACAAGAAUAUGCGAGUCACCAUCUACCGCAACUGGUUCAACACAUCCGGCUCCAUGCAACCGCUCUGCCGCAAGGGACGCUGCCACGUGGCAAACAACCUCUACACCCACUGGUCCUACUACUGCCUCGCCGCGCGCCGCGGCGCGCAAAUCCGGUCAGAGAAAAACUUUUUCCGGCCAGCGCCGGGUUCGGCGCGACUGGAGGUGACGCCGUGGUAUAGAGGCAUGCCGGCCACAGAUGUUUGGUCCGACGCUACCGUUACUAUCGCGUCGUUCCAAGACUACUUGGCUGGAGGCGCGACGUUUAAUGCGACGGCGUAUGCCGGCCCCACUCCGAUCUUCACGCCACCCUACACGCUGACGCUGCCGCGGAACCCGCGUCAGAUGGCGCCUAUUUUGAGGAUCAACUGCGGUCCCAAGUACGAUGUCGAUUCGGCACUGCCCCCUGCUUCGGGACAGUUCCUUCCGCCUGCCCCGCCAACCCCAUCCCCCGCUACUCCUCCUGCGACUGCGAACACAACUUCUACUGGUAACAGCACUACUGCUGGUAACAGCACUACCGGUGGUAACGGCACCAUUACAGCACCGUCGACUCCGAGUUCGAACGACUGCCAGUAUUCCCCUGCGGGUGCAGGAAUCGCCCUUGGGAGUUGCGCGAUGGGUUUCGCUGCUGCGGGUUUAGUUGGUGGCGCCGGUAAAUCCACGUACGUGGUCACUCUAGAGGAGGAUUCGACAUCCGCUACGAGACAGGGUUCGCUUCGGUGGGGCAUCUCGAAUUUCUACAAAACUGGCGCUGUUAUUACAUUCGCUCAGGAUAUGACCAUUCAACUUAUGGCGCCGCUAUAUGUGAAAUCGUUCAUGACUUUGGAUGGGCGAGGGGUCAACGUGAAAAUCGUGGGAGACAGCCUGCUGGUGCAGCACUCAACUCAAGUCAUCAUUCACAACAUUGAAUUUGCCAGCAGCAGAACUUCCCCUGCAACCAUCUCCCUUUACAACACUAGCAGCACUUGGAUUGACCACUGCCGCUUCUCCAACCUCUCAGCCGCCCUCCCGGCCAUUGAGCUCGCUCGUAACAGCACCGCGGUUACCAUCUCCAACAAUCUCUUCUCCGGCACGCUCGGCACGCAGACCGUCACUGCCUCGGCAAACCCAGGCUCGGGUACAGGCUCGGCGCUCCACCUGGGCCAAUCAGACGGCGACAACAUUAACCGCGAUAUGAACGUGACCGUGUACAGGAACUGGUUCCAGUUAUUAUCUGCAAUGCAGCCGACAUGCAGACUAGGCAAGUGCCACGUGGCAAACAAUCUCUACACCAACUGGACUGGGAGCGCAGUGGAGGCCAGGGCAGCUGCUCAGGUGCUGCUGCAGAGCAACCUCUUUAUAAGUGGACCCGAUUCAGUACAAGUGGUGGCGAACACUACAUCCGUUCCUCCAGGCAUAGUUGCGGAAGCAGGUAGCAACACCACCAACACCACCAACAUUAUCAAGGCUUCACUUGGAGCAGCGGCAGAUGCCUCUGGGACAGGUGCAGCUGGGGCAGGUGCAACUGCAGCUGCAGCUGUUACUGUAACCAUGGGCCCUACAGUGAACGCCACUCAGGUGUUCACUCCGCCAUACGACCUGCCUCUGGGGGAUCCCAGCGCUCUGCUCUUUGCUGUCUUCAUGAAACUGAACCCUGGUCCCCAUGCCAACUGA